UUUCCCGGUCACGAAACCGGUUGGAAACGAGUCCCCGUUGUGUGUGUGUGUAUAGUGUACGUCAGGGAUUACUUUCUGCACUUACCCGGGUUCUGGGAAUGGGAUAGCUGUGUGUGUGUAUACACGUUUUGCGCGUGUGCGUCAACUGGAAAUGAUACAAUGUAUCCACGCCAAAUGAUCGCAAGCAAACUUCAAGCCGCGCUCCGGUGCUUUGUAACUUCACCCACACUUUGCAACAUGGACGGAGGCAGGUACACACAGAGCGCCGGAGCACUGCACAACAACAGUCCCCGCGGGGAGCGAGCCGACGGAAUACAGAGCAUUCACACUGAUAAUAUCCCGGAGACUCACAAUGUACCCAUGAGAAUCCUCAUCAGACCCUUUCCGCCCGUGUUGGACGAAGAUAAAGUCAGGAGUUUAAUGGGAUCCAUCCAGAACUCGGAGCAGCUCCACAACAUACCUCCCAUCGACGUUUUGUGGAUUAAGGGUCAACAAGGUGGUGAUUAUUUCUAUUCCUUCGGAGGGUGUCAUCGAUAUGCAGCUUAUCAGCGAUUGAACAUGGAAACCAUUCCCGCCAAGAUUGUUAUGUCCACCAUCGCCGACCUACGAAUGUAUCUGGGAUCUUCAACCCCUGAUCUCCAGUGAUGAGAACCAGGCAUCGUCCUGACUGAAGCAACUAUCUGUCUCCUGAUACCAAUGUCAAUGUUUCGUUUGCUAAUUGGAGCAGUCAAUAUGACUAUUUUAGAUAAUUUCAAGAAAGAUCAGAAAUGAGUUAGAAUCAGAGCCAAAUAGCGUGGAAACCGACCCUUCGGCCCAACUUGCCCGCACUGACCAAUGCCUCAUCUACACUAGUCCCACCUGCCUGCAUUUGGCCCAUAUCCCUCUAAACCUGUCCUAUCCAUGUACCUGUCAAAAUGUUUCUUAAAU